AUGUGUAAACACACCUACCACCACUAUCCCAGCUGCGGACACAUCUCCAACUGGAGCAUGACCAGCUGCCAAGAAUGCACCAACAAGCUCCGCCUGGCUGGUCCAGAGAGCAGCGUAUCCUGCACCCAGAUCAACCCCUCCCACGACCUCCUCCUCUCCAGCCAGCCCAGCAUGUGCGUGCAGUGCGAGCGGGAGUGGGCCGAGAACCUCUCUUCUCACGGAGACAGCCAGACGCAGACGUCAAACUCUUACCAGAAGAUUGAGGGCCUGGGUGCCACAGGCGGUAUCAUUGAAGUUAACGCGCGCAUGGUGGGUGAUUCCACUCCCGACGACAGGGACACAAGCAGUACUGGCCACAGCGACAAUGGCCAGAUCUUCUUGGGUGCUGCCGUUGGUAAUUCGGGCAAUGGGGACGAGGACGGUGCUGGCCACAGCGACAAUGGCCAGAUCUGCCCGCGUGCUGUUGUCGAAUCGGAGUCGGAUUGCGGACGCCUGGCGCGUUCCGAGAACUCGUCUCGGACGGUCGUUAACUCUGCUCGUGCUAAUCCCAGUGCGGAGGUAGCUGGUGAUCUUGACUCUUUUGCUUCUACAAUCAAGACCACUCCGGCUCAUCUCGCACACGGCUGUGAGAGCGACGAUCCAAAGGGCGGUGUUGAGGCCGAAUCGCCGGGUGUCGAGGCUGCUGCAUGUGCAUCUCUCAGCGAUGCAAGCAGCGACACAGGUAUUUCCGACUCGCUCUGCGGAUCUUCUUUGAUAAGGUAUAAUGUACUUAAGAUGAGAAUCGACGAAUAUCUUGAGAAGCGACAGCGACAGCGGGAAGUGGACACUGACCAUGAACAGCACGACGCUGACGCCGACGUAGAUGACCACCACACUCUGGAGGGGACAGUUGCUGACCAUAACUCGUCUAACGAGCCCUCUCUUGACAUUGACCUUGUGCAGCAGCGUAUUGAAGCGACGGUCCUGAAGCGCAUUGAAGAAAACAACGAAAAAGAAGCCCGACAGGAAGCCAUCUCCAAGCUCCUAGACACCGCACUUCUACAGAAGGACCGAGACGACCGACGCGAGCAGAACGCCGAGCUAGGCAUCGAAGAGGACCCCCAUCUCUGGGACACAGAGUCCAUCAACCGAAUGUGGCAAGCAAAGAAUUCUACCCCUGCAACCCCCGCUAACGCCAGCAACCCCGUUUCACCACGCACCUGUCCAUCCCCCAAUAGCCAACAGUCCUCACCAACCCCCGACCCCUCGCCCAAGAAACACAUGUACAUGGGCAGCAUGUUCGCCGACGAAGAAGGCGCCUACCGCCGCGGGCUGCGCGAGGUCCGGCCGUAUGGCAAUUACUCAGGUGAGUGGGAAGGGUUCAUGAUGGCUGAGUCGGAAGACGACGCGAAUCGCCAGGGCCUACUGGACCCGGUGCACGUGCGAGGAUGUUGCGCGGAGCGCACAGCGGACUUCCACCUCUUCUAUGGAGUGAUGCAUGCACCGUCGGAGUUUGAUGCAGAGAAGCGUUGGCUGGAGGAUAUCCGUCGGAUACCCGGUGAGGAGGGGGAAAUUCUACGGGUUGUUGCGGGCGGAUGA